GCUCAUCUCGACGCAAUAUGAGCUCCAUGCGAAACAGCAUCGCCGUUUUGACCAGCUCAGCCCGAGCAUCAGGAUCUAGAUCUGUCCGCACUCCUGCCAAGCUGGCAAGGAUCAAUCCUCUGCCGUCUCGUAACCUUGCCGGGAGGACAUACGCGACGAGAGAGUCUGCCACCAGGGAUCGAUCACAAGUUGGCGUAUGUCACAGCAACGAGCUCCAUGCUGACAGACUCAAAGCCUGCGACCUGGAAAGCUGCACUCUUGUUCGUCGCUACGGGAGCUGGACUCUAUUUUUACUUUGAGAAUGAAAAGGAGAAGCUGAGGCUGAAGAAGAUCGCGGAACAAUCGACCAAGUCGAUCGGUAAACCAUCGAUAGGCGGUCCAUUCAAUCUCGUCGAUGCCGAUGGCAAACCAUUCACAGAUCAAGACCUGAGAGGAAAAUGGACAUUGAUGUACUUUGGUUUCACCCAUUGUCCUGAUAUUUGUCCUGAAGAGUUGGACAAAAUGGGUGCGGCGGUGGAUCUCAUCGAGCAGAAACAUGGACUCGGAGCCGUCUUACCCGUUUUCAUCUCUGUGGAUCCGGCUAGGGACAGUGUCCCACAAGUCAAACAGUACAUUCAAGACUUUCAUCCUCGUAUGAUUGGUCUGACUGGAGACUAUGAGUCUGUCAAGAGGGCAUGUAAAUCAUACCGCGUCUACUUUUCUAGUCCGCCGAAUGUGAAACCGGGCGAAGACUACCUCGUCGAUCACUCCAUCUUUUUCUACCUCAUGGACCCGCUCGGCCAGUUCGUCGACGCUUUCGGCAAAGCCACCAGCGCUCACGAGGUCUCUGUCAAAACGAUGGACGCGAUGAAACGGUGGGAAGCAGCGGGCGGGAACAAGGCCGCGGGAGUGUGAGGGAAUCAUGUCAUCUCGCGUGUUAUAUGUACA